AUGGCCGAAACUCAAAUGCAGACCGAUCUUCAGGCUGGUUUAGAAACAGCAGUAAAUAAGGAUUGGCCUGGUCGUUGGUCUCACCUUUACAAAAUUUUAGAUCGACGUGGUCCCUUCGCUGAUCCAAGUUUUACCCCUGAUCACGGCGAUGAAAUAUUACUAAAUACUUGUAGAGUUCUCGUCAUUGGAGCUGGCGGUUUGGGUUGUGAAAUCCUAAAAAACUUGGCGCUCUCUGGUUUUAAGAAUAUUGAAGUGAUUGAUAUGGAUACUAUUGAUGUUUCGAAUUUAAAUAGGCAAUUUCUCUUUAGACCUUCCGACGUUGGUAAACCAAAAGCAAAAGUAGCUUCGGAAUUUAUCAUGAAACGUGUUCCUGGUAUAAACGUUACCUAUUAUCACGGAAAAAUUCAAGAUAAGGACGAUGAUUAUUAUCUUGGAUUUCAGCUUAUUAUUUGCGGCUUAGACUCCGUUGAAGCGCGUAGAUGGAUAAAUGCCACUCUCGUGAAUCUUGUCGAUGAUGAGCCGGAACGAAUUAGAGUAUUGGUUGACGGUGGAACUGAAGGUUUCAAGGGUCAAGCCAGAGUUAUUAUUCCUACUAUAACUUCAUGUUAUGAGUGUUCUCUAGAUAUGUUGGGUAAACAGAGGACUUUCCCCAUCUGCACUAUUGCUAAUACUCCAAGGUUACCUGAACAUUGUAUUGAAUGGGCUUCUGCCAUACAUUGGCCAAAAGAACGACCAGAUACUAAAAUGGAUACGGAUGAUCCGAUUCAUAUACAAUGGUUAUAUGAGACAGCAUUAGAAAGAGCCAAAGAAUUCAACAUUACUGGCGUUACUUAUUCGCUCACUCAAGGUGUCGUAAAAAAUAUCAUCCCGGCAAUUGCUUCUACGAAUGCUAUCAUCGCAGCUUCAUGUUGUAACGAAGCAUUCAAACUUAUUACUACGUCACAACCAUAUCUCAACAAUUACAUGAUGUAUACCGGCAAUGAAGGUUUGUACACUUAUACAUUUGAACAUCAAAAGAAGCCGGAUUGUCCUGUAUGUGGUAAUGAACGUGUUACAAUGGAGAUCAGCAUGGAAAUAACAGUUGAAGAUUUCAUCGAUUAUCUCAAGGAAAAACAAGAUAUCCAACUUAAAAAACCUAGUUUAUCUCACGCCGUUACCAACGAAAAAAUUUAUUGGCAGUCUCCACCAGUUUUUGAACAAAAGACCAGGCCAAAUCUUGAAAGAAAGUUAAUAGAAAUGGUGAAACAGGGAGACGAAGUAACUGUAACAGAUACUACUCUACCGAUUUCUCUACAAAUUGUUGUUUCCUACAUCUAA